ACUGUUUAUAUUUCUUUUUCAUAUAAACAAAGCAAAUGUCUGUUGUCAUUAUUACAGGAGCUUCUCGCGGUAUUGGUAAGGCUGCUACUUUAGAAGCUUUAACCAAGUUUGAUUCCAAGGUAGUUGCUGUUGCCAGAAGCAGUGCCUUAUUAGACGAGUUAUACCACCAUGUCGACAAGGAAUUAGGAAAGGGUCAUCUCUUGGAGCUUGUCGUGGGUGAUGUCACUGACGACCAUGUGCUCCAAAAAGCUGUCAACAUUGCUGUUGAUAAGUGGGGUCGUUUAGACUCUAUUAUUGCUAACGCUGGUGUACUUGAGCCUCUUGAUAACAUUGCUACAGCGCCUGUCGAAGGCUGGAAAAGACUGUUUGAUGUCAAUGUGUUUUCUAUUCUUUCUCUUAUUCAACACGCGUUACCUUAUUUACGCAAAUCUGACAAAGGAUCGAUUAUUAUUGUUUCUUCCGGGGCUGCAUUAAAGGGAUACAAGGGAUGGGGAGCUUAUGGUGCAUCCAAGGCAACUGUCAACCAUAUUACGAGCACAUUAGCCGUUGAAGAAGAGGGAGUGACCUCGAUUGCUAUCCGCCCUGGUGUUGUGGAUACCGAAAUGCAAGCCAUGAUCCGAAGCGACGGAGCUGCUUGUAUGGGAGAUGAUCAUAACAAAUUUAUUGACCUUCACUCUACUGGUAAAUUAGUAAAGCCUCAAGAUCCUGGACAUGUGUUGGCUGCCUUGGCACAUAACCCCCCUAAAGCACUUUCUGGCAAGAUGUAUUCAUGGAACGAUCCCGAAAUGAAGGAUUAUUGUCUUUAAAAGUAAUUUUAUUUUGCAAAAAAAAUAUAUGUAUAAAUAAACAUCUUUCUUGAGAGAGUGUGUGUGAGAGUGUGUGUGUGUAUGAACUGAGAGGAGGUUGUGUGUGUUGUGUAGGUGGGUGUAUAAUAUAACAAAAUUAUCGAGAUUGAACUAAAUCAUCAAUCUUCAUGAUCAUUUUAACAGUUUCGGCAGAUA